GGCACAGUGAGGGUGGAACUGCAGGAGGCACCAGGAGGGCCUGGAAGUCGCUGGGCAGAAGACGUCAAAGCAGGCCUUUCCUCACUGAAUAUUCUGCCACUGGUAAGUAGAUACUGUUAUACAGCAGGGAAAGGGUUGAGGUUUUCUCAGUACAGACAUAAGGCAGACCUUAGAGCAUUAAAUCCAAAUUUGGAGCUUACGCUUUUCCCCUUCUUGGUACAAGUCCACUUUCUGGGGUGUAUGGGAUUCCUUUGCAUCCUCUCACUGCAUUGCCACAAUUGAGAAAGGGUUGAGAAGAAGAAUCUCAGGUCUUGCAUUCGUUCUGGAUUUCUAAAACUAAUUCCUAGCAGCCCCACAAAUUCCCUAUGUGGGAAUAUUGCUCUGUCUCUCAUUAUCUCAAUUCCCAGAGUAGUUCCAUGUUCACAUAGUUUACUUAGCCUAUUUUAAGGAGCAGGGCACAAAAAAUUCUUUAUGGGCUCUCUGUGCACGUGCAUUUCUGAUCUUUUUCCUUUUCAUUCCAUGGCAAAUCAAAUUCUAGCAAAUGAACCAGAUGUGAACCAGAGUAGGCUCAGGUUUCCCACAUCCUGGGCCAGUGCUGCAGGACAGGAUUCAUUUUCACUGCCUUGAAGGCUAGUUAGUGCCAUUGUCUCCAAAGGGACCUGCUGUGUUUGAGGCUGGCGACUUCCAGGUAAUGUGUCUUGGCUGAGGAACUUAGUAUGAAUGAUUUUAAAACUCUCUGUAGAUGUCAUUUUUGUUUGUAGGAAGAAGGGCAGUCCAUGGGUUUUCAAUAAGCCCUUCAGAUAGAUGCAGUGACCUUGAAUCCAAACCAGAAUGCAGCGAGGCUCACUGGUCAAGAUGUGGUAGGGGAGCGGUGCUUCCUCUCUGACUUUAUCCAAAGGUGCAGAGUGCAAGGAUACGGUUUGUUCAUCCUCUGGUUCUGAAGACAUCCAUUUGUGAGAGUGGGGGAGUAUCAGAUGGAGGGCCAAGACUUCUCUGAAGUAGGAGCAGGAGAUCCUGGUUUAGGUCUCCUACAUACUGUGAGUGCCCAAGUCUCUGAGCUGCUGUAUUCUGAACAACUCUUUAUUCAUCUCUCAUUUUUCAUGGAACUUUUCACAUCUUCUUCCCAUUUGGUAUUAGGCUGAAAUCCUGAAAUGUGUUGCAGAAUAUAGGUGAUGAGCAGCUCUGCCAGCAGCAAGGAGGCUUGGCUACAAACUCCUCCCAGUCUUGGAUGUUUAGGUUCAGUGCUUUGAAUCAGCUCUUAAAAAGGUUGAGAAUAGUGCUUGAAUAGGGAUUUUCUGAUACAGUAUUUUUUCACCAGAAUAUCACACCAGGAACCAAAGCAAUUCACAACUGCAGGAUGAAUUUGAUGUCCAAUCCCUGUAAGUGUUCAUCUGGAUUUUUUUCCCACUGCCUGAUAAAUCUUCAUUUAUCAUGAGGACAUUUAUGAUAUCCCAGAUUCCUCAGUGCUUGCAGAUUCUGAGGUCUCCUUCCAGACUUUUCCAUGGAUGUAACAGGCUUCUUACAUCCCAGAUUAUUUCAUAUUAUGACUCUGUAAACCGGUGUGAAAAGGAACUACCCAAAUAUUUCAACUUUGCAAGUGAUGUCUUGGAUGAGUGGCUGCAACUGGAGAAGGAUGGAAGGCGACCCGUAAAUCCAGCUUUUUGGUGGGUGAAUGAUGAAGGGGAGGAGGUGAAGUGGAGCUUUGAAGAGUUGGGAUUUCUGUCCAGGAAAACAGCUAACAUACUGUCUGAGGCAUGUGGUUUGCAGAGAGGUGAUAGAGUUCUGGCAGUUCUGCCUCGUGUCCCUGAAUGGUGGCUACUGAGUAUAGCCUGCAUCCGGGCAGGAAUUGUCUUUAUUCCAGGAACGUCCCAAUUAACAGCCAAAGAUAUUUUAUACCGCCUUCAGGCUUCAAAGGCCAAGUGCAUGAUUACCAAUGAUACUCUGGCACCUGUAGUGGAAUCUAUCUUGCCGGACUGCCAGUUUCUGAAAACCAAACUAAUUGUAGCCAAAGGGAACAGAGAUGGGUGGCUCAAUCUCAAAGAACUCUUUGCGGUGACAUCUGCUGACCACAAAUGCGUUAAGACAAGAAAUGAUGACCCAAUGCUCAUCUAUUUUACUAGUGGAAGUACAGGCUCUCCAAAAAUGGUGGUGCAGUCCCACAGCAGUUACGGCAUUGGAUUUGCAACCAGUAGCAGGCACUGGAUGAACUUGACUCCCUCAGAUAUAAUGUGGAAUACCUCUGAUACGGGCUGGGUAAAGGCAGCUUGGAGCAGCGUUUUUGCACCAUGGAUCAGUGGAUCUUGUGUUUUUGUUCACAACAUGCCACAGUUUAAACCAACAGUCAUUGCAGAAACUCUCUCAAGAUACCCUAUCACCGUCUUCUGCACUGCUCCCACUGCCUACCGCAUGCUUGUCCAACAUGAUGUGAGCAGCUACAAAUUCAUGACUGUGAAACACUGUCUAUCUGGAGGAGAACCACUCAAUCCUGAGGUGAUGGAGAAGUGGAAAAUCCAAACAGGGCUGGAUAUCUAUGAAGGCUAUGGCCAGACCGAAACAGUAACAAUAUGUGCCAAUAUGAAAGGAAUGAAAAUUAAACCUGGUUCCUUGGGAAAAGCUGUUCCACCUUAUGAUGUGCGGAUCAUAGAUGACCAUGGGGCUGUUCUGCCUGAAGGAGAAGAAGGCAACAUUGCUAUCCAAGUUAAACCUUCACGACCCUUCUGCAUGUUCUCUGAGUACUUGGAUAACCCAGAGAAAACUGCUGCCUGCAUGACUGGAAACUUUUACGUCACUGGAGACAGAGGGAUUAUGGAUGAAGAAGGAUAUGUCUGGUUUGUUGGAAGAGCUGAUGAUAUAAUUAAUUCUGCUGGGUAUCGUAUUGGUCCAUUUGAAGUUGAAAGUGCAUUAAUACAACACCCGGCAGUCUCAGAGUCAGCUGUUGUCAGCAGUCCUGAUCCAAUUCGAGGAGAGGUAGUCAAAGCCUUCGUUGUUUUGGCUCCUGCUUUUGCAUCACACGACCCAGAAAAACUAACUCAUGAUCUUCAGCAACAUGUCAAAAAGGUGACUGCUCCUUACAAGUACCCCAGAAAGGUGGAGUUUGUUCAGUCUCUGCCAAAGACAGCUACGGGGAAAAUCCAGAGAAAGGUUCUGAGAAACAAAGAGUGGGGAAAAGCAUAACAUUAUCUGAAAAUGGAGGAGAGAAAAUUUCCAUCAUCCAUAUCAGCCAAAGCACAGUGUUUGGACUUGGCAUGUUAACAUGAACCAGAGCACUAAGAGAAUGUAUGGAAGAACAAACUGUGGGGGGGCGUAAAUGGGGGCACCGCUCAUAUAACUUGAGGAUGUGUGAUAUGAGAACCACUUCUACCAUUAACCCACAACAAUUCAGAUGAGAAAAGACACAAAUAAUUAAAAAUGUGGUAUGAGAGAGAACAGAGUGAUCCAAGACUGCAUGGAAGUUUAAUUUUUUUUUACUGCAGUUAAUAUAAACAUCAGAUUCUUUUAAAGAAAGAAAGGUCCACAGCAAUUUUGACAAUUACAAAUAAAUGAGAAAUUAAUAAAAACAAUCUCUGCCCUGUAA